CCGCUCCCCCGUUUCCGUCCUUUCUUUUUGGUUUCUUUCGGUUCUUGUUUUUGGAAUAUAAAGUGAGAUUUGAAGGAAAAAAAAAAAGAACAAAGAAAAGAAGCAGAGGGGUCGCCGUUCGGGGAAAAAACAAAGGAAACGUAGCUGGCCAUCUGGAUUCGCGGGGGCGCACGACCAAAAAGGAAACCUACGCAUGUACCUGGACUACCGGAUGCACCUGCCUACGCGACCUGCGCGGACGGACUUCCCCUAUCCGGCCUACCCCACGCGCCCUACGGUAGCGUUGGCUACCGACCUGCGCUACCGGAUGUACCUCCCGUAGGCGGCCCACCUGCACGAUCUGCCCUACGCGACCUACCCUACGAGACCUACCUGCCCCUCUCUCUCUCUCUCUCUCUCUCUGUGCUGCGUGCUUCGAGCUUUGGUGCUACUGUUUCUCUCUCUCUCUCUCCUACGUGAACCGCUGCUAGGUGCUUCGAGCUUUGGUGCCUCGUGCUUCGUCCUUCGUGAUUGGUGCGUGGAGCUACGUGCUACGUGUGCAAGAUUCUACGAGUUACGUGCUACGUGUGCACGAUUCUACGAGCUACGUGCUACGUGUGCAAGAUUCUACGUGCUACGUGUGCAAGAUUCUACGUGCUACGUGUGCAAGAUUCUACGUGCUACGUGUGCAAGAUUCUACGAGCUACGUGCUUCGACUUUGUCCAACUCAUCUCUUUCUCUCUCGGUUCUAAGCGCUUUGGCACUACGUCCUUUUACGAGCUACGUGCUACCCAUUGGUGCAACUGUCUCUCCUCUCUGCUACGUGCCACGUGAACUUGGUGCUUCGUGCUUCUUGCUAGGUGAACUUGGUGCUUCGCGCUACGUGCUUUGAGUGCAACCACGAGUUGGUGCUCCUCUCCCUCUCCCUCCUUACGUGCUUCAUGAACUUGGUGCGUCGCACUUCAAGAACUCGGACGUGCAUUGGUGCUGCUCAGCUUGAGGCUUUGUCAUUCUUGGUUGGAGGCUUCGUCGAAUUGGACGCCUGCGUCGACUGGCUCAAUCAAGGAUUCCUUCAGCCUGCAUGCCCUGUAAUGGGUUUGUUUGCAACUGUUUCCAAAUUUGAAAAAAGGAGCUGGCUCAGCUCCGUUGCAUUCAGAUUGGGAGUUCAUGCCGCAUGACCGAAGAUGGGUGCGAAGACUGACGACACGGCCGGUUCAUUGCCAGUGCAGAAGGUGACUAAGACCGAAUCGGAGUGUUGCAAUACAGCUGCGAAGGUGCCAGCUCCUGUGAAGGCAGCAGCGCCCAAAAAAUUGAAGAGGAAAAAGGCUGUUUCCGAUGUAGACGAGCGGGCGGCAAUCGGCACAGCAAGUGAGCCAGCAGAGAAUGAUGGGGCGGCAUCUCAACCACCGGCAAAAGAUGAGAUUGAUGCCAUUUUCGCAGAAGCUAAGCAGAAGAAGAAGAAACCGGGCAAUGAAGGGGAAAAUAACUUGAAGAAAAACUCGACGGCGGGAGUCUGCGACGAGAAAUUGAGUGAGAAGCCAACAGAUGUUCCACCCAUGUGCGCUCUCGAUUAUUCCGGCAGAAAGAAAAAGAAGGUAAAGAAGGGCCAAGCAUUUUCAGCAGCCAAUGUCCUUGAAGACGCGACUGUGAAUAGAAAAAGAACAGAAGAGGGUUACAGGGUAUAUACAGAGGAUGAGCUGCGCGUGAGCCGUAAACAGGCAGGAGGAACCCCAUUGUGUCCUUUUGAUUGCGACUGUUGCUUUUAGUUCAUUCACAGCAUGAGAUAUGUCUGAAAGCAUUUCUUUCUUGAAUGCCCGCUGCCUCAAAGCCUUUGUUCUUUCCCCCCUUUCUCUCCAUCCACUGUGAGCUGGAGUUUGCGCAUUGUGGCUUUUGGAUCAUCCCAGCGUUCUCAUGCAGAUUUGAGAGAGGCAAUGAUUUGCGCGGUUUAUUCACAUGAACGAGGAUUCGUCUGAGAGGUCAUUAAGGCACAGUUCACAGGGUUUCCAGCUGUCUAUGCGUGUGGCGCUUUGAGGGCUUUUUUGGCUGGUCGUGAUAAACGACAAUUUGUCCUUUUGAAGGCGGCGUUGCUUGUGAUGGAGAUUUUUGUGCCUUUGGUCGUUUCAGGUCAGCUCUCUUUCUACGAAGAGGCUUUCGUUGAAUGUGAAGUAGACAUCAGGAUUGAUGCUUCUGGGUCAUUUCAGGUGAGCUCUCUUUUGGAUUUGUCGGGAUCUGAUUUGUUGGUUGUCGCAAUAAGGAUGAUGGGGUUCAUUGCAUGCCCUUUGUGAUCUAUUAUUUUCUGUGCACGCAAAUGCAUCGGCUGUGUUACACGGUCUUGAUAGCGCUUCUGAGAACG